AUGGCACCAAAAAUAGCAACAACAAAGAAAGCAGAAAACACAGAAACGUCUGCUCACCACUCGCAAAGAAUUGAAGAAAAAAUAAGAAGUAAAGAAAAAGAAAUGGAAAUAAAAGGAUGGGGAGAAAUGAAGAAACUAAGUAUGGAAUUAUACCACAGUAUGAAUAAGGCUACAGCAACAUCGAGUGUAAAGGGACAAGUCAUGGAAGAUGCAAAGAAAAUGAUGAGCAAAAUAAAUGAAUUAAGCGAGAGAUUAAGCAAAACGGAUGAAGAAGGAGAAAUGGACAGAAUCCAAUACAUACAAUUACUGCAAAGCUCUGACAAAUCCAAUUUAACGGAUUAUAUAAAAAUAAAGGAAAUAUGUAGACAACAAUAUGUUGAGGUAAUGGAGGAAAGUCAAAAAAUGAGAAAUCUAGUGGAAGAAAAAAUUAUAGACAUCCUAACACAGAUAGUGGAAGGAAAAAGGGUAGGAGAAUUAAUAAAGAAGGACCAAACAGCAGUAAAAGGCCAUCUAGAAGAAGUAAAACAAAAUAUAAAUCAAAUAAAAAGCAAGGAAAAUAAGGAUAAGGAGGAGCAGAAAGUACAAAUGAAGGAAAUAUGGGAAAAUAUUCAAAGGAUAAACGAAACAAUAACGGAAAUAAAUAAAGAAAAAAAGGAAUCAAAAGGCAUAGACUAUGAAAAGCUAAUUAAUACUUGCAAGAAAAAUGAAAAAGCGAACAUAAAAUUACAAGAAAAGAUUGAAGAAAUAGGAAAAAUAACAAAGGAAAUAAAAGAUGACAACAAAAAAGGUAAAGAUAUAAUGGAGGAAAUAAUAAACACACAAAAGGAAGCCAUAAAAGCAUCACAAUGGGAGGAUAUGGGAACAAAAAAGAAAGAAUUUACAUAUGCGGAGAAACUGAAAAGUAGAAAAGAGGAACAACCUCGCACCACAUACCAUUCCAUAAUAGUAAACUCAACAGAUGAGAACAAGACAGGAGAGGAAGUAUUUAAUGAAAUUAGAAAGACGGCUGAAGGAAAGGAGGAGUGGUGCGAGGUCGUCAAAGUAAAAAAGGCCAAGAACAGGAAAGUAAUAAUUAGCUGUACAAAAGAAGAAGAGGCAAGAAAACUGAAACAAACACUAGAGAUAAACAAUAAACUUAAAAUAGAAAAUGCGAAAAACAAAAACCCAUUAAUAAUAAUUAAGAACAUCAAAGGAGAAAAUAAAACAGAGCAGGCAAUAGAAGCAGUAAGAAGAAAAAUAGAAAGAAUGGGGAAAAGAAAGGAUCAGCACAAGGAAGAAAUAGAAAAAGCUUACGAGAAAAAGACUAGAAAUCCGCAUAUGUCAAGUGUGGUACUCCGAGUAGACCCACAAACAUGGCAACAACUGACAGAGGCGGGGAGUGCAACUACGAUGGGGAUACUCCGUCGUGGAAGAUCAGUCCCCGCUUAUCCAGUGCUCCUGCUGUUUGGGCUACGGCCACAGCAAACGGUUCUGCAAGGAGCAGCUGGACAGAUGUUGCCACUGUGGAGAGGACCACCUGUACGCGGAUUGUAAGGCUAAAAACACCCCCCCAAAAUGCCGUAAUUGUAUGAAGGAUGAAAACAAUAAAGGAAAGAUAAGUCAUAAUGCAUUUAACAAUAUAUGUCCAAUAAGACAAAGAAUGGAUAAGUUAGCCAGAACAAAAACAUCGUACUGCUAAGGGCAGCCUAAUGAAACACGAAAUAAUGCCAGUGAAUCUACAAAGGUCUAAAAAUGCCACAGCUGAAAUGA